AGGGGGCUGAGAGGGGCUGAGGAGAGGGCGGUCGCCCCUUCCCCUGAGCGCCCCCCACGGCCGCGCCCCGCUCCGCCGCCCAACGACCGCGCCUCAGCGCCCCCCCGCCUCUCCCGCCGUCCCUGCGACCGGGGAGGGGGCGGACCGUGCCCGCCCCGCGCCCCGCCUCGCCGCUGCUGGCCGGCGCCCCGCUGGCCGCCCGGCAGCGCCGUGCAUGUGCGGCAACAACAUGUCGGCGCCGCUGCCCGCCAUCGUCCCGGCCGCCAGGAAGGCGACGGCCGCCGUGAUUUUUCUUCACGGAUUGGGGGAUACCGGGCAUGGGUGGUCAGAAGCACUUGCAGGUAUCAAAAGCCCCCAUGUAAAAUACAUUUGCCCACAUGCGCCAGUUAUGCCAGUUUCUUUAAACAUGAACAUGGCUAUGCCAUCGUGGUUUGAUAUCAUUGGACUUUCUCCAGAUUCACAAGAAGAUGAAGCUGGGAUCAAGCAGGCAGCAGAGAAUGUUAAAGCACUGAUAGAUCAAGAAGUAAAGAAUGGGAUUCCUUCUAAUCGAAUUAUUCUGGGAGGCUUUUCUCAGGGAGGUGCUUUAUCAUUGUAUACAGCUCUUACAACACAACAAAAAUUAGCAGGUGUCGUAGCCCUCAGCUGUUGGCUUCCUCUGCGAACUUCCUUUGUUCAGGGCGCUAUCAGUGGUGUCAACAAGGAGAUUCCCGUUCUUCAGUGCCAUGGGGACUGUGACCCACUUGUUCCUUUAAUGUUCGGUUCUCUUACUGUUGAGAAGCUAAAGAGUAUGAUAAAUCCAGCCAAUGUAACCUUCAGGACUUACUCUGGCAUGAUGCAUAGCUCAUGUAAUGAGGAGAUGAUGGAUGUAAAACAGUUCAUAGACAAACAUCUACCUCCCGUAGACUGAAAUGAUACGUGAGAAGCCUUCUACAUAAAAAACACCAGCAUCAACUGUGGUAGAGCGUUAAUCUUUUCACAUGCCUGAUAGGAAGCAUUACUUCUGUACCUACAGUGUUACUACUGUGUUGCAAAUUUAUACUUAGGACAAGGAUUAAAUAAUACACGAGAAAUGCGAGAAAUGAUAAUCUUUUUAGUAUUGAUCAUCCACUGAUGAAAUUGUAAGAAUGAGGCAGCUAGGUAACAAUGAUAGAUUGUAAACUGAGCAUACUAUUUUAAGACGUCUGACUUUUGAUUGCAAAAUUUUGAACCGUUUGUACAAGUAAUUAAAGACUAAAUUUAAGUGGACAGCAUAAAUGUGACCAGUUUAGUAUGUUUGAGACACGUUUGUUCUUAAUACUCUUUGAAAAUAAAUUGAAACAUUUUGUUUAUAUAAUGGAUGCAUAAAGUACACAACAAGUGUUGUAUAAAAGUAUGUAACAGUGGGCAUAUGGUGGUAGAAUAAAUGUUACUGAGGACAAA